AUGGCUACCGAGAACAUAGAAGAUAUAACAACAACUCCACGAUUCAUUCCAUCAACACGUUUUACUAUAGCUUUACUUGUUUCUUUUGCACUUUUUACUCAAUAUGAACAACGACAAAGUCUAGCUAUUGCAAUUGUAUGCAUGGUCAAUAAGACAAGCAACAAUAUCAAAGUCAAUUCGACAUUACAUUUGGAACAUAAUACUACAGUAACACCUUCGGUCAAAGAUACAGUUCAAUUUUUUAAAGAAAAAACAUUUCAUUGGAACGAAUUCGAACAACAAAUUAUACUCGGUGCAUAUUGGGCCGGCUAUAUUUUAACACUCGUACCAGGUGGUUGGUUAUCGAUGAGUAUUGGUGCUAAGCGAGUAUUUUCUUACUGUCUACUCACCAGUUCUCUAGCAACAUUGGCUCUAUCAGUUAUUUAUACAAUGGCAGAUACUCAAUUUUUGUUUAUAUUGAUCGUUGUCCUACGAAUAAUUGCUGGUCUUGGUCAUGGUGCUCUUUUUCCAGCUACGUAUACAGUAUGGGUAUCAUGGGCAGUACCAAAUGAACGAGGUACUUUGACAGCCAUUAGUUUUUCUGGUACGCAUGUUGGUACAUCUACAAUGAUGUUGAUUGGAGGUAUUUUUUGUCGUUAUAUGAAUUCAGGUUGGAUGUAUAUAUUCAUUUUAUCGAGCAUCGUUGGAUUUAUUUGGUUUCCAUUAUGGUUAUGGCUAGUAACAGAUUCACCCAGAGAGCAUAAAAAAAUAAAUCAAAUUGAACGUAAUUAUAUUUGUAAUAUUAUUGGUAGAAAAACAAAUAAUAAAAGUGGACACCUCAUCGCAUUAUCUUCACUACCAUGGAAGAAGAUUGUUCGAUCGAAACCAAUCAUUGCUUUAUUCAUAACACAUUCAUGUAAUGUAUUUGGACUAUUUUUCUUUUAUACAAAUAUUGGCAAGAUACUUACAGAAAUCCAUGGUGUAUCGACUCAAAAAACUGGCUAUUUAUUAGCUGUAGGUUAUAUAAUUAUGGCACUUUGUAGUCUUUUAUCUGGUAUUGUCUCUGAUCUUCUCGUUAAAAAAAAUAUCAUGUCAUUGACAAGUGUGCGAAAAUUAUUCAAUUCGCUUACAUCGUUCAUUCCUGUUAUAUGUAUGUGUGUGCUUUGCUUUUGUGAUGAAACUCGACAGAUUUUAGGCAUGGGAACUUUGCUCGUUUACCUUGGCAGUUCAGGUUUUGGUUACGGUGCUGGUUAUGUUGUCAAUUUUGCUGAUGUGGUACCUGCUUAUUCAAGUCUUCUUUUUGGCUUAUCGAUCACAUUCGGAUCCUUGGCCAGCCUUUCGGCAAACGUCUUGGCAGGUUUUCUAAUCAAACAACCUAUUCUUAGCGAUUGGCGAUACAUGUUCAUCAUUUUUAUGCUUGUCUAUACUAUCGGUGGUCUCGUCUACUUGGCGUUUGGUUCAGCUAUUCCAAGAAAAUGGGCUAUAAAUGUAAAUGAAGAGCAUAAUACUAAUAUUGACAACGAAGCAUCCAUAGAUCCAUCGGAGACAAUGCUCAAGACUUAA